UUGUGUUGCAUGAGGAAGAGUGAGUUGUCUGGUAGGGCAAAAUCCGAAAUACUAUCUAAUAAACGGCGACUGCAAUAUAAUCGGUUAGUUGGUUUAUCAGACAAGAAGGACGGCUGUCAGUGUGUUUUUUUACGUGUCAAUUUUUUCUCAACUGUUAUUUUCUUCAGUAACGUUAUUCCAGGUCUAUCACAAGUGUCCUGCUACAACGAUGGCGAGUAUUAGUCCAACAAAUAAGAAAAGCGAAAGCGAAAGCGACAGCAGCGACAUCAACAAUGCGUCUUUUCCAAAAAACAAAGAGGCUGAAACAAGAGGCAAAGAUGAUGAGACAGAGACCCGCACAGACAACACACACCAGGAUACUCAAGUCAAAGAUUUACAGUCAGCGGGGGCUCAAUUUGAGAAUUCCAUGGGUGAUCAGUCUGGGAAUACGGUGGUGGACAGAGAGAAGGACUGUAAUCUUGUGGAGAAAAAAGGAGGUGUUGGUUCAUCUGAUGAUUCUCAACAAGUUAAAGUAGAUGUUGACAUCAACAAUGCGUCUUUUCCAAAGAACAAAGAGGCUGAAACAAGAGGCAAAGAUGAUGAGACAGAGACCCGCACAGACAACACACACCAGGAUACUCAAGUCAAAGAUUUACAGUCAGCGGGGGCUCAAUUUGAGAAUUCCAUUGGUGAUCAGUCUGGGAAUACGGUGGUGGACAGAGAGAAGGACUGUAAUCUUGUGGAGAAAAAAGGAGAUGAUGGCCUAUCUGGGGAUACUGAAAAUGUGCAGAAAGAAAAAGAUGAUUUGAUGCCAACACAACAAACCUGCUCUUCUGAGUUUCAACAAAACGAGCAAGAUCAGAUCGAGACAACAAAACUGAUUCCCAGUGCUCCUGAGACUGAAACUGGGAAACGAGUGAACGAAAAGAGCCUCAGUGAAUCUGGUGUUGGUUCAUCUGGUGAUUCUCGACAAGUUAAAGUAGAUGAUGAGAAAACAAAACCGAUUUCCAGUGGCUCUCACAUCAAAAACCAGCCUUACUCUAAAGCUAAGACUCUGAAAACAGAAGAUGAAGGAAGUGACCGUGAGCCUGAGUUUAAAGAAGAAGAAUUACCUCAACACCCCCCCUAUUCUGGACUUCCACAACAAAGACCACAACAGAUUAGAGAAGGAACGGAUACUAAUCUGACAUCUGUGAUUGGAAUCCUUGUCGUCCUUUUAUCUGUGGUUUGUGGUUAUUAUCUGCACUGUUCUGGCCAGACUCCAAACAAAAUACCAAAACAGCUUGAUAUGGUGGAAGUGUUCAGUCAGGAAAUGGAAAAACUUCAGGCCAGUUUCCCUAGCCAGCGUCCAGAGCUCUGGAAGAGAAGUCUUAUACACAUCAGACGCCACCUAAAGACUGAGCAUCCCACUGAACCCGUCAGCCUUAUUCUGACCUCUGGCCGUAGGGCCGAAAAGACACUUGGUUGUCUGGCUCAGUGUUUAGCCCAAGCUUUUUCCACUACACGAAACUCUACAUUUUUAAGCAUUGAUGGAAAAGCCAAAACAUCAUUAGACAGUGAUCAGGUCAAGCUGGACAUUGACAGUGAGUUAACUAAAGCGUUUGAGAGUGAAAAGUUUGCUGCAGUUAUCCACCGUUUCGAGGAGCUUCCUCCUGGAUCCACACUCAUCUUCUACCGCUACUGUGACCAUGAAAAUGCUGCUUAUAAAAACGUCUUCCUGGCUUUUACUGUAAUGCUCGAUGCAGAAGCGGAAGUGCCAUCCAAUAUCAAUCUUGGAAGAAUCGAGGAAAUGGUUCAAGAUCAUGUAAAACAGAAGUUUGUCUCCUCUGACAAGUCAGCGGUGUUUAAUCAAAUGGACGUGGACAAACUGAGUGGACUGUGGGGCAGAAUUUCACAUCUCAUCUUGCCGGUGGUCGCAGAAAUGAGAAUUGAGCAACAGGGCUGUGGAGCCUGUGAUAAACCUUUCUAAAAUCAGCCAGAUUUAUAUUUUUAGCAGAGACUCAAGACUUAAGCAUGAGUCCUAAAUGAAGGUUUAUUGUUAUCUGGUAACUCUGUGGAUGAUGCGCCUCACUGAAAAACACUUCAGUUUAAUUAUAAAUUAGUUUAAAUAGAAGGCUUUAAUGAAGUUUUCCCAUUUGUAUAGCUGAACUAUAUUUCCUUGUACAUGUGUUAUUGUUUAAAUUAUGUUUUAAAGUUAUUUUUAAUCUGUAUAUGAAACGGAUGAACGAAUAGAUAUCUGAUGCCUAGCUUUUCCUGCUUUAGACAGAGUUAAUGUGCCUUAAUAAAUGACUAUUCGGAUUUUUUUUUGUUUACGUGAUUCAAAUGGAAAAUCAGGAAACACUGCAGACGGAUGAACGCUUGAUAAGGUAGCAACGUAUUUACAGAAGUGAAACUGACAGCUAUUAUGAACUAUUUCCGGGAGAGUUGUGCUCCAACGAUGUCGCUCCGACGAAGACCGUCGUUGAUGUUCCGUUUUCCGGGUUCAACUGCAGAGCAAAACUAAGAAGUUUGUUGAGAAGUAGUGUGAUAUUACAGAAAUGGACUCCGGUGAUUCCAAAGAAGAUGGAGUUAAAAUAAGGAGAAGAAGCACAAGACAGGCAUCGAAGACAGGUUUGAAUUUCUACACCGCUUAACGUGCAUUAAAAACCGAAAGCGGUUGACAUGCAAUACGUAUCAUCUCUAGCGGAUGUAACGUUAGCGAAUCAGUAAUAGAAAAGGGAAAAACUGUUAUAUUUCCUUUCCUAUUAAAAAUAAUAGUAAUGUGUAAGGAAACUGUCGAUGCUUAGUGUAAAACUCAACCCAAAUGACUUAGUUAAUGUUUGUGUUUACAUUCUGGGCUUAACGUUACCCGUCAAAAAUAAAACAAAAAUCACGAAA